AUGUCUCUUGCGAAUGCUCCCGUGAACGCCGACUUUCCUCUUCAUCUUCGACAACUUAUGCAUGACCCACCUAAACUGACCAAAGAGCAAUGCGGUCACCUGCGACAUAUCUACAACCUGGCUUCGCAGCUGGAUGGGGACUGGGCAUUCAUGGGAUGUGAAGAGCCUGGUCAGGAGUGGGACACCGCUCGCCGUUACCAGCUGGCCACGAUGAGCUAUGCUGUAGGCGCUGCACAUUACCAUCGCCUACCAGCAAUGCGAAGCAUGUUCAAGCCCGUGUUUGGAGCUCUCAUUCGGAAGAUGCUACGACGCGAGGUCUGGGAUUAUUGGUACCUCUCUAGUCAGUCGGGCAAAAAACUCGACCCAGAUCUCAAAGAGCUUCGCAAACCCUGGGCUGACCCGGUCUGUAAGGAGAAUAUCAUGUAUUCGGGCCAUCUUCUCAAUAUGGUCUCUCUUUUCUCUAUGCUUUUCAACGACGAUCAGUUUGACCAGGAGGGAGCCAUAACGUUUAAAUGGAAUCCUUUGUUCUGGGGAAUGGGCGAAGAGACUUUCAGCUACACUCGUACCACUCUACAGAAGACCAUACUUGCUGGGAUGGAGAGUGAAGGAUGGGUUGGUGUAUGCUGUGAGCCCAAUUGGGUUUUCAUCAUCUGCAACCAGUUUCCUAUACUCGCCACUCGAUAUAACGAUGUACGCAAUGGCACCCGGCUUGUUGAUGAUGUUUUGCGCAAGUAUAAAGCAGCGUGGGCAGAUAAAGGCUUUAUCGGGGAAAAUGGGCUAUUCCGAAGAUUGUACGCGACGAGACAAAAGCAAACAGUCGAUGCUGAUGAUAUCGGGCAUUCUGCUUGGACAAUGGCGUUUAUGCCUUGGAAUUACGACUUGAUCCAAAGCUUGUACCCAGCCAUUGGAUCUGGGUUCCUGUACCGAACAGAUGAUCGCAUCAAUAUCAAUCCUCCAGCUGUCGCGAACGAAAUUCGACGGAUCGUGAAGACCGAAAAUGCCGACCCCGACUCUCCAUCUGUACUCAGCCGUGCUCGUGAGAUUACGAAUGGUGUCAACGAUAGGCGACUUCCCUACCUGUCUCCCGUAUUUGGCUAUGUUGCUCAAUGGCUUUCUGAGAUUGCGGGACCUGAAGACUUGAGUAAGCUUCUUCGACAUGCUGAUGCAUAUCUUACUCCGUCGUGGUCCCACGGGGGUCUAUAUUACCAAAGAUGUGACCAAGGCUGGGAUAAUGACGGAAACUAUACUUACGUUGAUCCCCACACUGGAAAUGCCGCGAUCGCUUAUGCGAGACUAAAUGUCAAAAAUGGACAGAAGAAAAUGUGGGAUCACCCCUGGACCCGAGACGAGGUCCAAUCUCGUCCUUGGAUUGACGGUAUCAACUUUGGACAAGGCAUUGAUUGCCUUCGUGGGGAGUGGAGUGAGCAAAACAGAGCAAUGAUUGCAUCUUUCAGGACAUGGCACGGGAGUCGAGUAGCUUGCCAACCGGUCGUCUUGAACCUUCCAUUUGGCAAAUACGGUGUGUAUAUUAACAGUCGCCUUGAAUACGUCACUACCAUCGAUGCGAGCAACCGUGCCAUUACAGUUGACCUUGAUGUCGGUGCGGAGGAUGUGGAUCUUGUCAUCAUUUGUGCUUGA